AUGCCCCCGUCAUACCGCAAGUCUUGUCUUGCAUGUGUUCAGUCCAAACGAAAAUGCGACAAAGGGUUACCCAAAUGCCAACGCUGCCUGGCAAAGAACAUUGAUUGCGAAUACAACCCCCGAUAUCCCGGCCAACGGCGGCAAACUACUGAAAGAAAUGUGGACGGAAACGUUGCCUUUGUGGAGCCCGUUGCGGAGGAACCAUCGAGAGGUUGGCAACUGCAGCGAAGUCCCGCGCGACCGACCGCAGCAACACUCUCGCCCUACUCAAAUGAUAUAUUCUUCAACUUCGCUAAUGAUCCAUUCAACCUGGGGAGCAUACCGCAAGAUGAUUUCAUCGGCUCUACUGUCUUUGAAGAUGCCGUCACUCAGCAACCCCCAAACGAUAUCGAGCGGCUCACCUCGGGUACAACUACACAGGCUCGUGUGGAAUUCGCAGCAAAGAAAUUAGCUGCGAUCCCAAAGAUAUUUUCCCAGCAAGGGCAAACGAUGUUUAUCCACCGUCACUUGUUCCAGGAGAGAAGCCCUCCGGCUUUACAGGAUGCGCUCAGCGCUUGCGCUCUGUACUGCUUAAAAAACACGGAGAAUCAGACGCUAGUGUUCCGCAACUUGGAGCACAAGCGGAAACAGCUGAUCUCCAGUAUCGAUCCGCUCGUUUCCCCCAAGAUGAACCUACUCGAAGCGCUGCAGGCGCUGGUACUGUACCAGAUAAUAAGUCUGUUCGACGGUGACAUUCGCCUUAGGGCCCAAGCGGAAGCAGACGAGCCAGUUCUUUUAAUAUGGGCUGCACAGCUUACGUUACGCACGCGUCAAUUUCAAUCUUCACUGAGUCCAGCGGAAGCGCAAUCUCUCCCGGGAAGCACUUCUACGGACUGGCGGCGCUGGUUGAUCGAGGAGAGCAGUCGACGGACGUUAAUAACCGCGUUUAUGUUGAAAGGAGUAUACAGUUUUUUGAAACUUGGCUAUGACACGGUUCCAGACAUGCGAAUGAGCUUCACGGCCCAAGCGGCACUUUGGAACUCGCAGUCGGAAAUUAGUUGGCGGAGAGCAUAUAGCGAGAGGGAGAGGCUCGAAGUGCGGGUGACGCAUUGGGACGAGGCAAUAGCAAAGGCGAAGCCAGGCGAUUUAGAGGAGCUCGGUGUACUGAUAAUGGCCAUGUUAAAGGGGAUAGAGGCCACAGGGGAAUGGUUGGGGCAUAGCCAAAAUAUUAGAUACGGUUUAGAGGAAGCAGAUUAUGGUUCGGUAUGA